CAAAGCAUUGUUAACUUUCGAUGGUUCUACUCGGAAUCAAUACACCGACAUACCGAUACACCAUGGAUUAAUCUUGUCUUUUAAUGGAAAAAUUAAUUCUAUUCGAAUGUACAAAAAAAAA